UUUAAUAAAUCUUGAAUAGUUUAUAUUUCUCAUAAUGUCCCAGGAAAAAUGUCCAGACUGCUGGUGAUGCCCAUGUGGAGACUCCUGUUGGUUUUUGCAGAGGGGAUGUGAAUGAACUGGCUAAGGGCUCUAAAAGUCAGCUGGCUUUUGGUAGGAAGUGGGCCCCAGUUAACCCAAUAGUCAAGCCAGAACAGGUCAGUUCAAGGUGGUACAGGUGCAGCAGCCACAUUAUUUAUCCUUUUUUUUUUUUUUUUUUUUUUUGCAUAUAAAGAGCUGGUAUUCUGAAGAUCAGCAGAUUACAAAUGCUUGUAAUGGUGUAAAUCUUUUUUUUCCAGAUAGUUCCAGAUAGUAAUAAUAACCUGGAUAUGAAAGAAAGUACUGAUAUGAAUGUCAGCACAGUGAAUACUGGAUCAACAUGGCUGGUGGACGACGCACGCAACAAUGGUGAGUCCUCAGAAUGCUGUGAAUAAUCACAUGCCAUGGGUAUCCAUAGACACACAUUCCUAUAUACAACUUCUAUCCAGAUCCUUUCAAACCUUUGCUUGGCUAGCAUCACAUGCUGUUUCUAUAUACAUUUAGAUUAUGUCAUAAAAUAAUGCUAUAUAAUGCAACCUUGGAUGCCAAUGUUGCAGACAUCUGAUACCUUACCCAUGACAUGUAACCAAAAACCUUGGAUGUAUUUCAACACAAAAUAAUGGGUAGCAAUUUUGAAAGUUAUUUCAUUAUUAUUAUUAUUAUUUUUUAAUUUAUCUUGGGAAUACUUAUAAACACCUUGUCCAUCCCUUCACAGAUGUGUAGAUGUGUAAUGUAGUGUUUUUCAUCACAUUAAAUACAAUGCCAUAUGUCAUUAUUUGUGCAGUUCACACUACUGCUGGGAAAGAUAUCAACGUUGUGAGACCGUCUUCUGUGAGUAACCAGUCCACUAAAGAAAAAAUACUGUGUGCUGAUUUAAAAUACAUUUGUGCAGGAAUCUCUGAAUCUGGUACUCUCUCUCUUUUACCAGUAUUGCUGGUACUACUUCAAUGAACGUUACUCAUGUGUGCGGAAUAAUGUGUGCUGGUUCCUUCAUGUGCCCAAGGACAAUGAUGAAAAGGUGUGUGUUCGAAUGAAAGGGUUAAUAACAGUAAGAUUGUAUAACCAAUUGAUCCCUAAGAUAAUCUGCUUGUUUCUGGUGCAGUUUUGCAUGGAUAUUAUACAGAAGUUUUGUCGUGUUGGAAGUCCUCCUAUUGUCAAGCGAGCAGGUAAGAGAUGAGCACUAUUAAAGCUGUUUGCACAAUGGGACAGAAUCUUGCUUUGACAUACUGCCUGAGCUCAUAAAAGAUUUGAUUUCAAACACAUCAACACACACUGAUGCUCUGCAAAUGAAUCAUAACAUGGGAGUAAUAGUCUACGUCUAGUUGUUUAUUCGUGGUCUGUUGAUUCAGGAAAAAGAUAACUGUAAUGUAUAUAGAGCAGAGCACUGAAGCAUCACAUUGUGAUUUCACAGGGGGUUAAAGUUGAAUAAAUGCACAUAUUUUAAAUCUUUAAAAUGUAUGUGAAGGUUCAGUUGUGAUGUUUUGUGCCAGGUCUGCCAAGAAUAAUUGGCUAUUUUCCCCCCAACAUCUAUUAGGAACACUGUGUUUUUUGUAUGUCUGAAACUUAUGCUCCAGUUUGAUAAAGAGGUCAUCAGUCUUUCUCACUAUCCCUUUGUCUGUCUCCAGUGGAGAUUUUUAUUGCUUAUUAUGGGACCAAUUCUCCUGGUGCGUGUUUCAGUCAGAACAUCGUCAACCAGUUGCUCUCAUCUCUGCUCAGCCUGGCACUGCUCUGGGACCUGCUGUCAGUCAUCAACACGCUCCUCACACACAAGAGAAUGCCUCCUGUUCAGUUUGUGAUGGCUCUUUAUGAACAUGUUCGUGAAAGAGGAAUCCUAAAUUUUGUACCGGAGCUCCUACAUCUCACCUCAAAGAUUACAGAGGUGGGGUGUGUGUUCAGUGUUGAGCAGUGCGAGAUGAUGCAGCUUCAUCUCGAGUCUUUGCACUUACCCAGACAUCAAAUGGACAUUUUCUGUGCAGUAAAAUGCAGGGCUCUGGCCACUAACCCACACACUGCUGAACUGUCGGAGUUGGCCCAGUCUGUAGUCCAAGUGGAGCUGUGUAAGCAACAAGAGGACUGGCCUGCUCUGGCACACAUGUUCUGCACUGUGUGUUGUGGUCGUCACAGUGCAGGAGAACUGUCAAGGUUCUGCUGCUGUGUCACCAUGGCGCUGCUGAAAGAGCCUAAAGACAAACUGACUCUGCCUUAUGAAAUAUUUGCUGAGUCAGUUUGUCAGGAAGUGCCAUCAGACGAGAUGGUUAAAAGCUUUUUGGGACGAAUUGGAGUCUCACUGAUGUUCAGCUAUCACAGAACCCAAGACUGGACCAAGGGUUUGAAGCUGUUGUGCGUGAUGUCUAGAUUGCAGGUGGAAUUCACAAUGCUCAAAGGGCUCUUUAGCAGUGAAAAUGGAACAUCUCGCUGUCAGCUUGUCACCAUUGCAACAGAGUUCUUCAUUAACAGCGGCAGCAUAGAGGGAGCGCUGAAUAUGCUCAAAACUAAUGAAUGGUUCGUGAGCUCAAGCACAUGGCCGUGUGAGCAGGCAGACGUACAGAACCGCAGGAGAAUACUGACUCUGCUCGCUGAGAAGACAUCAUACCGAGACACACUGGAGGUCCUUAUUAACUUGCCUGGGCUCAGACAGCCAGUAGAUGGUGUUCAGAUGAGCGAGUACAACACCAUGUUUAACACACACCUUCGAAGGUGUGUGAUGAACCAGGUGUUGCCGGUUGCUGCGGACACACUCGAAUUCAUGCUGACUCAGGGAAUCCCACUGGAAACAUCAGAACUUCAACACCUCAUCCACAAACUAGGCAAACAGAACAGUUGGAGCCGUGCCAGGACUCUGUUCAAACGUGCUCAUUUUGCAGGUUAUUACUCUGAGGUUGUGUGUGAGAAGGAUUGCUUGUCCCUGCCCUGCUGUCUCUCAGAGAUUGAGAUGACUCUGGCAUUUGAGAUGUUCAUUGCCUGCAUCUGUACAAGCCUUCACAAUUCCAGUGAUGCUUCCCAACCACUGCUUAUCACACUCAAACGGCGCACUGGGAAUGAGGUGGCGAUGGAGAGUUUGUAUCUGGCAGCCGGAAGCCGCCUGCUUUCAGCAGCACUGAUACCAAACCCCAAACUGAGCAUUCGUUAUACAGCUGUCAAUCAGGAGCAGGAGCAGCUUUUUAAACUGGACCGAGGUUCUGCAGCGAAGUGGCUUUCACACAACCGCUGGGCUCAGGGGAUGUGGCCAAGCUCUCAAACACACUCACACAAGCCAAAACUGCCUUUCAAUAAUUGUGAUCCUGAUGGUGUGAACAUGUCAAGUCAACUCUGAAAGACCUUCCGAGGUAAACUGAUUGUCACGACAUACAGCUACUGCAAACUAUUGUUCUUACAGACUGAUCUGCAGUGAAUUAUUUAAAAUGAAGUUCUUGAAUAUAGAAAAAUAAUUGGCUUGGGUAAAAUGGACUGAUUUGUGUGCUCAGGAAUAAAGAGUGUUUUGGAUGUGUUUUUUCA